ACGGUGGAGGGCAUGCUCCGUGCAACGUUCAUAAUAAAAACAGAUUGAGAAGGAUUGAAGCUCUGACCUACCAAAUGUUUUGAAUGCAGCCACUGGACAACUGGAAACAUGUUUUGAAGUAACGUGCAGGAAAAAGGAAAGUUUUAUAUUGAAUUUUUUAAAGCAAUAAUGUAACUCAUGAUGAGCCGGAGAGGUGCGACGUUCACUGUCAGUAUCACCUGUUUUAUUAAGCAGUAUUAACAUUUUUUUUUUAACCUUGUCAAAGCGUAUUAGAGUGAUUCACCUUUGGCAGUAAACAGUCGCUCGGGUUCACAUUUCUAAUGGCAAAGGAAGAAUGCGACACACAAUGGAACAAAGCAGGAGGCAAUUCAGCAAUACGAAACAGAAAAAUCUGUCCCAGCUCAGAGAAAAGCCAGAGAAUCCCCCCAUUCACUCCAGACCGCCACAGACAAAGCUCCGGAGCCCUCCCGGGAGGUGACACUCCGUCCUCGAAUGGCUCAUCCAGUCAGUUAUCUGACAGACAGGAUCAUGAAUCCUCCAGUAAGAUGCUGCUCAUGCUGGUAGUGGGGUUGUCUUUCUCGACACGCCUCUACAGGAUCGCAGAGCCUGCACACGUGUGUUGGGAUGAGACCCAUUUUGGGAAGAUGGGAAGCUACUACAUCAACAGGACCUUCUUCUUUGAUGUCCAUCCACCUCUUGGAAAAAUGCUGAUCGGUCUCGCCGGUCACAUGACGGGCUACGACGGCACCUUUCCUUUUAUAAAGCCCGGAGACAAGUAUGGACAGCACAACUACUGGGGGAUGAGAGGAUUUUGUGCGGCGUUGGGCUCCUUCCUCCCAGUGUUUUCCUACCUCAUCGUACUGGAGCUGUCUCAGUCUUCCACUGCUGCUCUCUUUACUGCCGUCCUACUCAUAUUCGACACUGGCUGCAUCACCAUCUCCCAGUACAUCCUGCUGGACCCGGUGCUCAUGUUCUUCAUCAUGGCCGCCGUGCUCAGCACGGUCAAGUUCAACCGGCAGAGCCACAGACCCUUCUCUGCCCCCUGGUGGCUGUGGCUGGUACUGACAGGCGUAAACCUCGCCGGGGCCUUGGGGGUGAAGUUCGUGGGUCUGUUCGUCAUCCUGCUGGUGGGUCUGAACACCGUUGGGGACCUGUGGAGGCUCCUGGGAGACCUGAGCCUCUCUCUGAUGGACAUCGCAGCACAUUUCCUGGCUCGGGUGUUCGGACUCAUCGUGCUCCCUCUUUUCCUUUACGUUACAAUAUUUGCAGUCCACUUUGUGGUGCUGAACAAAAGCGGACCAGGAGAUGGUUUCUUCAGCUCCGCCUUCCAGUCCCGUCUGAUCGGGAACAACCUGCACAACGCAUCCAUGCCCGAGUAUCUGGCGUACGGCUCCACCAUCACGGUGAAAAACCUGCGGAUCGCUGGAGGCUACCUGCACUCCCACUGGCACCUGUACCCCGAGGGGCUGGGAGCAAAACAGCAGCAGGUGACGGCGUACCUCCAUAAAGACUACAACAACCUGUGGCUGGUUCACAGACAAGACAAUAACUCUCAAUCUGAGACUCCUGACCUGGUUCGACAUGGUGACAUUAUUCGACUGGAGCACAAAGAAACGACCCGUAACCUUCACAGCCACCUCCAUGAGGCUCCUCUGACCAGGAAGCACUUCCAGGUUACAGGAUAUGGGAUUAACGGCACUGGCGAUGCCAACGACCUGUGGCAGGUGGAGGUGUGUGGAGGGAGGAAGGGCGACCUGGUGAAGGUGCUGCGAAGCAAAGUCCGCUUUCUCCACCGAGCCACCGGCUGUGUGCUCUACUCUUCCGGCAAGACUCUUCCGAAGUGGGGCUGGGAGCAGGUGGAGGUGACCUGCAGUCCCUACCUGAAGGAGACGCCCAGCUCUCAGUGGAACAUCGAGGAUCACAUCAACCCCAAACUGCCCAACAUCAGCCUGUCUGUGCUGAAGCCCCAUUUUCUGGAGAUAUUGGUGGAGUCCCACAUUGUCAUGAUCAGAGGUAACAGUGGUCUGAAACCCAAAGACAACGAGAUGAACUCCAAACCGUGGCACUGGCCCAUCAACUACCAGGGACUGAGGUUUUCAGGAGUGAACGAGAGCGAGUAUCGAGUUUACCUGCUGGGAAAUCCUGUGGUCUGGUGGCUCAACCUGGCCGGUCUGGGGUUGUACGUCAUCAUGGCGUCCGUGGCGUCGGUAGCCAUCCAGAGAGGCUUCACGUUAACUCCAAGAAGACGAGAGCUUUCCCAUGUGCUCCUGAGAGGAGGAGGAAUGCUGCUGCUGGGCUGGCUGCUGCACUAUGCACCUUUCUACACGAUGGGACGAGUUCUCUACUAUCACCACUACUUCCCGGCGAUGCUCUUCAGCAGCAUGCUGACAGGAGUCACGCUGGACGUCCUGUUGAAAAACGCCGACCUGCUCCUCCGCCCGCCGUACUGCGACCUCCUGCAGAGAGUCGGCCAGACUCUGCUCGUGUUCGGCGUUCUGUACAGCUUCUACCUGUUUCACCCGCUGUCCUACGGCAUGACGGGUCCUCUGUCCCACCAGGCGGGCAGCAGCAUGGCCGGACUCAAGUGGCUGGAGUCCUGGGAGUUCUAGUCAACGUGGCGUCAAGACCACACUCAACAUGUGAAGAGACGGACUGUGUCACGUCCAAGAUAUUUAUAGGGCUACGAUACUGACGUGUGUGUGUGUGUGUGUGUGUGUGUGUGUGUGUGUGGAAGCGUAAGGAUAUUUGUGUAUCUGUACAAUGAUCACAACAGAAUCUUUCGGUUUACAUUUAGGUUUGUACGUGUGUAAUGCAGUUCGUACUCAUUUAAAGUGUGUGUUGAGGUCAGUGCUCACCUACAAGCACCUGCGAACGUCUCAGGCGAGCCUCACUGACCUGAUUUUGAGUCUUCAGUCUCGCCUUGCAGACCCGUUUUCGUCAUUUUACAUCCAGUCCAGGACCUGUAAGGUUAUGUUUUUAAUCGCGGAGUGUGUGUAGCGCCGCUACAGUUACAAGUUUAAACCUGCCAGUCGGUACAGAGGGUGAAAAAAACCCCACUUGUUGGUGCCGAUUUCUCUUAAACCUGUAAAAAUCCAGCUGACUGACAAAUGUCUGACGUGGAGGUAAAGAUAAACACAUUUACAGGUACUUUCAGUCACACACACAACACCAAUUAUACACACGCUGCUGACUGUAGCUGCACAAACAACUUUCACUACAUAAGAGUAUAAAUACACGUGCACACUCAAAAUACAUGCAUGGAGCAGUCAUUUCCUGCUGAAUUAGUACUUGUUGCAGGUUUGUGUGUCAGAGUAUUUUCAGUGUUUAAAAGCAGGACCUGGUUCCUGCAUUAUGAAAGCCAGAAUAACGGAGCGGACUGAGAAUCACCCAGCGACCUUAACUCUCAGCAGAAGUGUGAUCCUGGACGAAACCCGUACUGUAUUUCAUCAGAAUGAGCUGAAGUGCCUUAAAACGUCUCAUGAAAGCGUCUGACGUGUUUCUACGCUGCAUGUUCCAGAUGUCAGAUUAAAAAGCCACAGGCUGUCAGACUGUAUUUUAAUGUGCGACUGUCCAGGUCUAUUCAGUUCAUUUCAGUAUAAUCCAAAUGUAUUAACGUGUUUCAUUUUUUAGGAUGAAACUGCUUUAGUUUGCUCAUA